AUGAGGAGGAAAUCGAGGAUAUUACUGUGUUUCGCCGUCCUCUGGGUGCUCGGAAUAGCGUAUUAUUUCUAUUCGGGAACAGCGCUGAAUCGAAAGGAUGACUGGAGUGGGUUCAAUUCAAACAGAAUUCAAGCACACGUCAACACAGACGACAGAGCCCAUAGCAUGGAAACGCUUCCUCCUGGCAAAGUGAGGUGGCAGGACUUUGACCAGGACCUGUACGUGGGAGCUACAGUGGUGAGGCCGGGACAGGAUCCCUACGCCCGAAACAAGUUCAACCAGGUGGAGAGCGACAAACUCCGAAUGGACCGUAGUGUCCCAGACACUAGACAUGACCACUGCCGACAUAAGCAGUGGAGGACAGAUCUGCCAGCAUCCAGCGUGGUGAUCACAUUCCAUAAUGAAGCCCGCUCCGCUUUGCUGCGCACUGUGGUCAGUGUACUGAAAAAGAGUCCUGCCCACCUGGUCAAGGAGAUUAUACUUGUGGACGACUAUAGUGACAACCCUGAAGACGGAGCCUUACUCGGGAAAAUCGAGAAAGUGCGAGUCCUUCGGAAUGAUCGACGAGAGGGUCUCAUGCGGUCUCGUGUCCGAGGGGCAGAUGCAGCCACAGCUACAGUCCUCACCUUCCUGGACAGCCACUGCGAGUGUAAUGAACACUGGCUGGAGCCUCUGCUGGAGAGAGUUGCCGAGGACAGGACACGUGUCGUCUCACCCAUCAUUGAUGUCAUUAACAUGGACAACUUCCAGUAUGUUGGAGCCUCUGCUGAUCUGAAAGGAGGUUUUGACUGGAAUUUGGUCUUUAAGUGGGACUACAUGACCCUGGAGCAGAGAAGAGCGCGACAGGGGAACCCUAUCGCCCCUAUCAAGACUCCUAUGAUCGCUGGGGGCCUCUUCGUCAUGGACAAAAGCUACUUUGAAGAGCUGGGAAAGUACGACAUGAUGAUGGAUGUGUGGGGUGGUGAAAAUCUCGAGAUCUCCUUCCGCGUGUGGCAGUGUGGGGGCAGUCUAGAGAUCAUUCCCUGCAGUCGAGUGGGACACGUCUUCAGGAAGCAGCAUCCGUACACCUUUCCUGGAGGCAGCGGCACCGUGUUUGCCAGGAACACUAGGCGAGCAGCAGAAGUCUGGAUGGAUGAUUUCAAGAAUUUUUACUAUGCCGCUGUGCCUUCUGCGCGGAACGUGCCCUACGGAAAUAUUCAGAGCAGGCUUGAAAUGAAGAAGAGGUUGGGCUGCAAGCCGUUCAAGUGGUACCUGGAGAAUGUCUACCCAGAGCUCCGGGUCCCUGACCACCAGGACAUUGCCUUUGGAGCUCUGCAGCAGGGCGGGAACUGUCUAGACACAUUGGGGCACUUUGCUGAUGGUGUGGUGGGGGUCUACGAGUGCCACAACGCAGGAGGCAACCAGGUAUCAUUCAGGGCGCAGGAAUGGGCGUUAACUAAAGACAAGUCUGUGAAGCACAUGGACCUGUGCCUGACUGUGGUGGACCGCACGGCGGGUUCCCAGAUCAAACUGCAGGGCUGCAGGGAAAACGACAGCAGACAGAAAUGGGAGCAGAUCGAGAAUAACUCUAAGCUGCGGCACGUGGGCAGCAACCUGUGUCUGGACAGCCGAAGCGCUCGCAGCGGGGGUCUGACAGUGGAGGUGUGCAGCCCCUCCCUCACCCAGCAGUGGAAGUUCACGCUCAACCUGCAGCCCUAGUCUUGUCUUCCCCCUUUUCCCCCUACCCUAUCCCUUCCCCAGGUCCCAGAGAAGCCCUCCCCUCCCCCCCGCCAUCGGGGGUCAGCGCACUGCUGUCUGAGGAACACUGCCCCAAAUGCAGUCUGCCUGCUCACGGCCCCCAGGGGCCAUGGGGCCACGCUAACGGACGAGAAAAACAAACACAAUGACUUUUUCCAUCCAACUAUAUACCUCACCGUUUCAUUUUUUGGUCCAGUUAUUGGAAAGUGAAUCUAAACUUUAAUUUAAAAAAAUAAAAAACAACAAAAAAGAGGUUUUCCUUCCUGUUUCUGACGCCAGCCAAAAGGAUCUGAUUUCGCUGUUUUUUUUCCUCCCUGAUCUUUUUUUUUCAUGUUUCAUUUUUUUCCAUCACUUUUUUUCCUUUAAACAAAGGUGACUUACUCUGCUGUUCUUUUCGUUUCACGUAACCAAUAUUGUCGAAUGUAAGUGACUCCCCGAGGCUCCCUGCCCGCGCCGUGUCUGGAAUUCUAAUGAAGACCGUUUCAGCUCAGCUUUCUUUGCUUUUUGUCUCUUCAGCAGGGAUGAGGGAGAACAUGUGUGUGCUGUACGUGUGCACUUUCACGCACACACAAGACUGUGGAGUGUCUCCAGGCCUCGUUUUUUUUUUGUUUUGUUUUUUUUUUUUAACUGUCUGUUGUACACAAUAUACAGUAUCUACACAAAAAAAUCCAGGCCAGAUUUUAGUUUUAAUGCGUUUUUUUUUCUAUAGUUUCUUUCACAUUUUCAUUCUGUCCGUCUUGCGUCUUGAAGGUGCAAUGUGUAAAGAUUUUAACUGCUUCCUCUUUGGGGUUCUACAGCGUUUCGGAGGGGAACUGAGGUGUGGAACAGGGUGCUGCUGCUGGACCCCACACCUUGUAGCACUGGCUGCUACUAUUCAGCAUCUGCCCCCCCUCCUUUGCUAACAGUUUUUCUGGUCGUCAUUCACCCCCAACCACCAC